AAGGAAGGAAAGAAGGAAGAAGGCGAGGAGAGGAGAGGAGAGGAGAGACGGACGGAGCGCGCUGUUGCCUUCUGUUACUGCUGCGGAGACCCCGCGCUCCCUGCCGGAGCUGUCCACCGCCGCUGGUGCUGAACCCCGAGGAGAAGGGCGGCCUUUCUCCGUCCUAAAGGAGAGGCUCCUCUGCGAAGGGGACUCGGAAAGCCGCCCUCGGAUGGGCCGGGAAGGGCGCGCCUGAACUGGAUUACACUUGGGGACUCUCUUCUCUGGGGAUUUUGGCGUCUUUCUCCCGCCGAGGCCAUGGUCACGCUCCUGGAGCAGUCCGCGCCCACCCAGCAAGAGCAGGUACCAUUUGGUGGCUGAUAUGUAAAGCAAAAUGGCUAAAGUGGACACCUAUCACUCCUGCCCGGCCAUCCAUAGGCUGUCUCUAACAUCUAUUGACAACGAACCCGAUAGACUUGAAAAUGGAUUUAUCAGGACCCACUCGCUGUGUGAAGAGGACACAUCUUCAGAACUGGAGAAAGUCAUUUCCAUGGAGACCGGUGGCCUGCCUGAAUCUCGAAGGAAUUCCUUCACAGGCAGUGGAGCUAUGGCUAGAUUAUCAUGGCUUGUGUUGUCGCUAAGAUCCUGGGCCAGGAGGAACCUGCACCAUGAAGACCAAAGGCCGGAUUCUUUCCUCGAACGUAUCCGAGGGCCAGAGCUCAAAGAUUUUUCAAGCAGAGACAGCAUCUCCCAGUUGAACUAUGAAGAUGCAGAUGGAUUGAAAAAUCAAUGGGCUUUGGCCAGAUUUAACAUCAACUACUCCAACAACACCAAUGAAGAAAAGAAGGAAGACAAGAAAGAGGUUAAGGAGGAGAAAAAGGAGGAAAAGAAAGAGGAGAAAAAGGAGGAAAAGAAAGAGGAGAAAAAGGAGGAGGAAAAGAAAGAGGAGAAAAAAGAGGAGAAAAAAGAUGUCAAAAAGGAUGAUAAAAAGAAGGAAGAAGAGAAAAAGAAAGAGGUCUUUGUGAUGGAUCCUUCCAGCAACCUGUAUUACAGGUGGCUAACCAUAAUUGCAACACCAGUCUUCUAUAACUGGUGCUUGUUAGUUUGUAGAGCCUGCUUUGAUGAGCUCCAAAUGGAAAACCUUGUACUCUGGAUUAUUUUAGAUUAUUCCUCUGAUGUCAUUUACAUCAUGGACACAUUUGUCAGAUUUAGGACAGGUUUCCUUGAACAAGGGCUGCUGGUUCGUGAUGAAAAGAAGCUAAGACUAAAUUACCAAUCCACUAGACAGUUCAAGUUGGAUCUACUUUCCCUUUUUCCAACUGACUUGGCAUAUUUAAAAUUUGGAAUGAACUAUCCUGAAUUGCGAUUUAACCGGAUCCUGAGGAUUGCCAGGUUGUUUGAGUUUUUUGACCGUACAGAAACAAGAACAAACUACCCAAACAUGUUUCGUAUUGGGAACCUUGUAUUGUACAUUCUGAUCAUUAUCCACUGGAAUGCAUGUAUAUUUUUUGCCAUUUCAAAGCAAAUAGGAUUUGGAAGUGAUACCUGGGUUUAUCCCAAUGUGUCACAUCCAGAACAUGGGCGCCUAGCCAGAAAGUAUAUUUACAGUUUGUAUUGGUCAACAUUGACGUUAACCACCAUUGGAGAAACUCCGCCUCCUGUGAGAGAUAUAGAGUAUCUGUUUGUAGUCAUAGACUUUCUGGUGGGUGUGCUUAUCUUUGCUACCAUCGUCGGUAAUGUGGGCUCUAUGAUUUCUAACAUGAACGCUUCCAGGGCAGAGUUCCAGGCUAAAGUUGAUUCUAUCAAGCAGUAUUUGCAUUUCCGAAAAGUCACAAAAGACUUGGAAGCCCGGGUUAUUAAAUGGUUUGAUUACCUGUGGACCAAUAAGAAAACAGUGGAAGAGAAAGAAGUUCUCAAAUACCUUCCUGAUAAGCUGAAGGCCGAGAUUGCCAUUAACGUUCACUUGGAUACACUGAGGAAAGUCCGUAUCUUCCAAGAUUGUGAAGCCGGGCUACUUAUUGAGCUGGUGUUGAAGUUACGACCUACUGUCUUUAGUCCUGGAGAUUAUAUCUGCAAGAAAGGGGACAUAGGCAGAGAAAUGUAUAUAAUCAAAGAAGGGAAACUGGCUGUUGUAGCUGAUGAUGGCAUAACACAGUUUGUGGUCCUAAGCGAUGGAAGUUACUUUGGAGAAAUCAGCAUCUUAAACAUCAAAGGUAGCAAAUCUGGUAACAGGAGGACAGCCAACAUCAAGAGCAUAGGUUAUUCUGAUCUGUUUUGCUUGUCCAAAGAUGAUCUAAUGGAAGCUCUUACAGAGUACCCAGAGGCCAAAAAAGCUCUGGAAGAAAAAGGACGUCAAAUUUUGAUGAAAGAUAAUUUAAUUGAUGAGGAAGCAGCAAAAGCAGGAGCCGACCCCAGAGAUCUGGAAGAAAAAAUAGGGAAACUUGAAUCGGCUUUGGACAUUCUUCAGACCAGGUUUGCUAGACUCCUAGCAGAAUACACGGCAGGUCAAGCCAAAGUCAAGCAAAGACUUGUAAAAGUAGAGACCAAGGUGAAGAAAUAUGGAAGUGGCACCUUAUCAGGAGAUGAGGCUGACAAACCAGCUGAAGCAAAAACAAAUUGAGUUGCACAGAGUGUGACACUACGGAGAAGGAAUAUAUAUACAAACAUAUAAACAUUAUUUUUAUAUGGACCCAAAGCAUUGAGUUUUUAGAGUUUUUAAUAGAAGCAUUUGUCUUGUAUAUAGAAAAUUAUUAUGUUUUAUGAUAUUAUUAGAAACAGAUAUUCAGUACUUUGAUUCUUUUUGUAUUGAUUUGAUUACUGGUUUCUAAUAAGCCCUAAGCACACAUUCUUGUUUGCAACUUGAACAAGUGUGAAAAAUCUGUACUUUUUACAGUGUGUUUGGCAUGGAAAGGAGCCUUGUGUAACUCAAGAGUGAAUGGAGAGAUGAAACAGAUGCACGCACACACACACACACGUAUAUCUAACAAUACUACUUGCAUAUUUUAUAAUCAUAGAAGCUUCUCAAUAAUUAUAUUCAAUCAAUUUUCACAGCCAUUCGAUUGAUUUUCAAGAAACUAGAUGAAGCACCCACACAUAGCUUUAGUACCUGCGAAUUGUUGCAAUGUGAAUGAACUAAUUUUAUACUUAUAUAUCACAAAUGUCAAAAUUUGAACUUUCUUCUUUACUAUCUCUGGUCACUUGAAAGAAUACCAGAGGGAUGCUAUACCACACUUUUGCCUUGAAAAAUAUACAAAUAUAUAUACCUGGAAUAGCAGGACUACUGCAGAAGUCCUUCUGCUAAGGCUUGUUGAGAUCAAUCUUUUCUUCCAAGACUGAGCUCAAAGAAAACUGGUUUGAUAGUUUGCAGCAGUAGCAGCUGGCUGUACACAGAACCAAUUGGUGGAUGUGAAGGGCAUUAUUAAUCUGCUACAUCCUUCUCCUCUCUAGAGCACUGUUUCAACUGUUUAAAAUUGUUAUGAUCAUUAUGACUAUUAUUGCUGAAUGAAAUUUUAAUCGUACAAAGAGGUGUUUGAAAAUUAAAAUAGGCAGGCAUCUGGCCUCAAAAUAUGGGAUUCUGAAUAAGAUGAAAUCAGUUUUCAAGCUGGCUGCAACUCAUGUUGUAGGGUGAAGACUAAGUACCUCAUCACAUGGUAGUCCUUAAGACAGGGGACAACAGGGGCAUCCAUGGGUUAGUGCGGCAAAUCCGUCGAGCAGUGUCCCGCCCCACCUUCUUGCCAUCCUAUACUGUUAUCCGUCUGGCCCUGGUUUCUCCAGCGCUGUCCCCGGCUUGUCCCAUGAGAACACAGGUUGUCACCCAUGUCGUCAGGACUGCUGCUUAGCAUGCUGUCGAGACGCAGUGUGCAUGGAGCCCUGCUGGAAGGAUCCCUACAUCAUGUGAUGCACUCCGUCAGGCUAAGUCCUGGCUGUGUCUCAGCAGCGUCCUAGGAGCGGGCUGAAAGCCCAUGUGAUGAGGUCAUAACAGACCAUACAAACUGACCAUUUCCAUUCCAUUUUAUGUGGUUCCUCAGUUGUUUCAAAAUGCAGUAUGAACUUAUUUCUGCAGGGGAUACAUCCCCAAACUUUGCGUGGAUAUGUCAAACUGUGGAUACUAGAGAACCCUAUGGAAAUGAAGGCCUUCCAGUCCAAGUGUACCAUAGAAUCAUGCCAGAGGACCUAGAAAAUAAACAGGUAAUGCGUAUUUUGUCAGACAGGAAUAAAACAAACUACAAAUACUGGCCCAACGGAUAAGGGGUUGUACUGUAUGAAACAUCCAUGGAUUAGAAAACUGAGUCAUGCAUUAAGCCUCCCCCCCCCCCCCCCCAUCCCUUCUUCUUCAAUCUUCAUAUCUGCUUAUGGGACAUGACGAUUUUAGCUUACCUUGCAGGAUUCUUGUGAGAGUUAACAUCUCCAUAAUGCAUAAUUUGAAACUCUUUGAACAUUUAAAGGUAAUAUGCAUGUUAGGUAUUUCCUAAAUGAUGCAAAGGAUCAUUUAUGUUAAUAUUCUUCUGAUUUUGUUUUAAAGAGAAAUUCUAAAAAUCCAAAAUUGCCCACAUAGGUGGCUAGAAAGUGACACUUUUGCUUCUGAUGGUUCCUCACAUGCAGACUUUGUUCAUGGCCAAAAUUAUUUAAAAUAUUGUAUAAAUUUACCUUAAGGCUAUAUCUACAAGGUGUAUAGGAAACAUCAACGAAUUUUGUGUUUAAACUUGGGUCCUAUCUUCAGGAUACCUUAUUAUGGACAUAUAUGCAAAACACUCCUGAUCCCAAGCAUUUUGGGUAAAGGAUAUUUAACCUGUAUCUGUCUGGGGCUGCAGUCAUUUCAGUAUGUCUCUUUCUUCCACAUAGAGAUUACCUCUUCAGACUAAUGUGAAAUAGAAGACCUAUUAGAUUAAUGAUCAUUAUCUAUUGAUGAUUCUAUACAUGAAAAAGCAACCCACAGCUUCAUGUGUUAUGUACUAUGAUCUUGGGUUCAAUAGAUGCAAGAACAUGAACAUGGCUGUCCUUUUUUACUGAAAGGGAUGAAUCAUCACAGUCCCUAAUAUUGGCUGAAUCAUUGGAUUCUGAGAAUUUGAACUUUGAUGGCAGCUUAAUAGGAUUCUAAGAACCCCAGUUUUCUUUUAAAGGCAGGCAAUCAAGCUACAAGGAUGCAUUUGAACAGAGCCUGAAAUGUAACUGUUUUGGACAACAGCUCCCAGGCAACAUGGCCAAGGCUAAGAAAUUCUGGAAGUUGUAGUCCAAAGAAAAAAUGUCACUGCCUUGGGAAUGGGAGCUCAGGAAGCUGUCAAAUUGAGCAGGGCUUCUCAACCUUCUUCUUAAAAGUGAGAGGAUACUAUGAAUUACGUGACAAUACGUGAUUUAUAAUUUAUCCAGGUUGCACUCUUAAUACUAUGUAAAAUAGUAGAAUCAAAAUGUGUUUAGCAAAGAGCACAUAGUUUUGAUUAAAUACUAAUAUUUGCACAGAAUCCCUUACCAGAUACAGCAAAAGAGACACUUCUCAGUUUAUAAUAAAUAGCACUUGUUUUCAAUUUGGUUUCCACCAGAGUUGUUAUGUGUUAUUUGUCUCAUGGUUAUCGGUCUUCAACUUGUGUGUAAUGGGAAUUGUAGCCCAACAUAUCUGGGAGUGUCAGUUUGGGAAAGGCUAGGAAAAAGCAUAGGUCUUUUAUUUAUACAAUAAUAUCACUUAAUUCUUGUUAAAGAAAGAACUGCAUUGCAAUGAAACAGGAUGGAGAUCAGACUGACUUAAUAGACAAAGAAACUAGAAAUUAAAUCCAGCCUCUCUUGAAUAGCUUUUAAUGUAUGGUAUACUUGGUUUUCUGGCAAAUCUGUAAAAAUAUAAUUCAAGCAUCGAAUGAAGUCCUAGAGUCAUUGCUGAUCUGCACAGCACAACUACUCACAUGAAGGGAGCCACCCCAUUCUUCUAGUUGGACAGGUUAUACCCAGUAUGGCCAACCACAAAUCAGUUGUCAUUCUAGCACCAGCACAAUCUACCAUUAGCAGUGACCAGAAGUGAUACUGAGAUUCAAUGUGUAGUAAGAUGUCUGCAUAUGUUACUGUAGUCUUGAAGAGCCCGUGGCCCUCCCAGAUAUUUUAAACCUCUGUGUCCAGAAGCCAUAGCCAGCAUAGCCAAAGGAUCAUGGGAGUUGGAGUGCAAUAUAUCUGGAAGACCACAGGUUCUUUAGCCCUGGUUUAUGGCUAUUUGAUAGAACAGUUAUGCCAUAGAAGAAAUCCUUUCAUGUGGUUGCUGUAACAUACAUUUCCAGUUCUAAGAGGUCAUCAUAUAAACCUGUUUUUAAUUGUUCUGUUUCACAAUCCAAGAUCUUUAAUUCAUCAGUUCUUUAAUUCAUUUUAUUCUUAAAUUCCUCUCCCUUGGUUUCAGUGCAACAGAUUGGCCUUUCUUCAAAAUCCUUUCAAAUUCUUCAAAUUGUAGAAUGCUGGCAAAUAAACCAUCAGUUUAAAAUCAA